AUCAUACGAAUUAAUGAUGAUUUAUUAAUAUUUCUAUUUAAUUUUCUCAAAAUGUUACAGGUUUGUGAAGUACAUGUGUUCUUUACUGGACCUGUAUUCAUGGAAGAAGCCGCCAAAUUUGGUUCCAUGCAUAGAAGAAGAAGCGUGUGGUUAUGAAAAAUCAAAUUCUUAUUCACAAUAAAGGACACGCCCAUCAAUCUUCCGUCUUCUAUAUUGCGAAAAGUCGAAAAUCCUCUUCUACUUCCAAGCCUUGAGAGAACUGAACAAAGCUCAUAUCCUUCCAAAACCGCAAACCAAACUUUGAGAAACUGUAGAGGUAGAUUCCGAUUAGCCAUGGAAAAUGGAGCGGCCAUGAAUCACGAAGCAAAAACUGCUUCAACCAUCACCAUUAAAGGGAUUCUCAGCCUCCUAAUGCAAAGCGUUGACGGGAAAGAUGGUGACAAGAGAGUGAUUUCUCUGGGUAUGGGCGACCCUUCUGUUUAUACUUGCUUCCACACCACUGAUGUUGCUCAGGAAGCUGUAGUUGAUACGCUUCAAUCUCAGAAAUUCAAUGGUUAUGCUCCUACCGUUGGUCUCCUCCAAACGAGAAGAGCAAUUGCUGAAUAUCUGUCCCGUGAUCUUCCCUACAAGUUAACAUCCGAUGAUGUUUUUGUUACUUCUGGAUGCACUCAAGCUAUUGAUGUUUCAGUGGCAAUGCUUGCUCGCCCGGGAGCAAACAUCUUGCUUCCAAGACCAGGCUUCCCUAUCUACGAUCUUUGUGCUGCAUUCAGACAUGUUGAAGUUCGCCAUUAUGAUCUUCUUCCAGAGAAAGGCUGGGAGGUUGAUCUGGAUGCUGUUGAAUCUCUUGCAGAUCAGAACACAAUCGCAUUGGUGAUCAUAAACCCUGGAAACCCUUGUGGAAAUGUGUACAGUUACCAUCAUUUAAAGAAGAUUGCAGAAACCGCUAAGAAGCUUGGAACUGUUGUGAUUGCUGAUGAAGUCUAUGGUCAUCUUGCAUUUGGGGCCAGUCCUUUUGUGCCAAUGGGAGUUUUUGGAUCUGAUGUUCCUAUUAUAACACUUGGGUCCCUAUCUAAGAGAUGGAUAGUUCCUGGGUGGAGAAUUGGUUGGCUUGUGACAAAUGAUCCAUGUGGAACUUUUAGGAAACCCAAGGUUGUUGAGAGAAUAAAAAAGUAUUUUGAUAUUUUGGGAGGUCCAGCCACCUUCAUCCAGGCAGCUGUACCUCGCAUAAUUAAAGAGACCGAAGAUGUUUUCUUCAUCAAAACCCUAAACAUGUUAAGGCAUACCUCAGAUAUAUGUUGUAAAGAGAUAGAGGAUAUCCCAUGCAUUUUUUGCCCUCAAAAACCUGAUGGGUCUAUGGCUAUGAUGUACAGGUUAAACUCAAUCUUUCACUUCUGGAUGAUAUCAGUGAUGAUAUUGAUUUCUGUUUCAAGCUUGCGAAGGAGGAAUCUGUCAUCAUUCUUCCAGGAACUGCGGUGGGGCUAAAAGAUUGGCUCCGAAUCACAUUCGCUGUUGAUCCAUCUGCUCUUGAAGAGGCUAUGGGAAGGACAAAAUCAUUCUAUAGAAGGCACGCCAGAAAGUGGUGAAAGCCAUAUCAAGUAUACAAUUAAAUUAGCUACUCUUUUCUUCGUUAUAUUAUGCCAGUGCCUUAAAUCUCUCCUGCAAAGGAAGUAAUUUAUUAAAACCACUUCAUUAGCAUGGUAAGAUGCCCUUAAUGUAACGUAUAGUCGCCUAUAGGCUUGGAUAUUUUUACUGGAAAUGCAUAAUAUGAUAAGACUUGAGCUCAAA